AUGUCGUCCAUCGCUCUGCGAUACCGUGUGGAGGAAAACGACGUGGACCCGCGAAUCGCCCACUUCUUGCUGCCCAUCGCGGCCACCGUCAACAAGGACGGGUCGGCCCUUUACGAGGUGGUCGCCGUCGUGUUCCUCGCCCAGCUCAGCGGCAUCGAACUGAGCUUGAGCAGGAUCAUUGAAAUCAGCGUGUUAGCGGACAUCUCCAGCAUCAGCGCAGCAGGGACCCCGGCGACGGGAGCCGUGACAACCCUCUUUGUUUUGGAGGCGGUGGGAUUACCCACAAAGAACGCCUCCAUCUUGUUCGCCGUGAAAUGGAUCCUAGACCGCCUCAAGACGGUCGUUAAUGUAGGGUCGGACUGCGUAUGCGUGGAAAUUGUCGACGUCCUGUCCCAAAGGGAACUGGAGGAAGAAGAGCAGGUGACCUUCUCACCACGUAUAUGGGAUAUAGGGAUCAUUAGUAUUAUAGGCAUCUCCAGCCUCUGCGCAGCAGGGAUCCGGGCGACGGGAGCCGUGACCACCCUCUUUGUUUUGGAGGCGGUGGGAUUACCCACGGAGAGCGCCUCCAUCUUGUUCACCGUGAAAUGGAUCCUGUAA